AUGUCCAAAGAUCCAUCAAAGCCCAAUAUCGUGCUCAUUCUGGCCGAUAAUCUUGGCUGGGGUGAGCUUGGCUGCUACGGCGGUGGUCUCCUCCGCGGUGCUGCGACGCCUCGCAUCGACAAUCUCGCCACAGAAGGUCUUCUCUUGCACAACUUCAAUGUCGAGAGUGAUUGUGUUCCUACACGUUCAGCCUUAAUGACAGGCCGUCAUCCCAUCCGUACAGGUUGCCGACAAUCCGUUCCCGCGGGGUUCCCUCAAGGUCUUACAAAUUGGGAGCAAACGCUUCCAGAAUGUCUUAAGCCAAAAGGCUAUGCAACGGCACAUCAUGGAAAAUGGCACCUCGGUGACAUUCCUGGGAGGUACCCUUCUGAUCGGGGCUUUGAUGAAUGGUUCGGAAUACCGAGGACAACGGAUGAGAGUCAGUUCACUUCGGCAUUGGGAUACACGCCCGAGGUCGCAGAGCUGCCAUAUAUCAUGAAGGGUUGCGCAGGACAAGACUCGGAAAAUGUUUGCAUCUAUGACCUUGAGAAGCGGCGGUCGAUUGAUGAAAUGCUCGUUGAUCAGUCAAAAGACUGGCUAUCGCGGCAAGUCAAGGCUGAGAACCCUUUUUUCUUGUACCAUCCGCUCGUCCAUCUCCAUUUCCCAACACUGCCGCAUCGCGACUUUGAGGGCAAGACUGGUCAAGGAGAAUUUGCCGACUCAAUGGCUGAGAUGGAUUACCGAGUUGGCCAGUUGAUCGACCAUUUGGACGAAUUGGGAGUUCGCGACAAUACUGUCCUCAUUUUUGCUUCGGAUAACGGACCGGAGUUCAGACCGCCGUACAAAGGCACUGCUGGGCCAUGGUCGGGGACAUAUCACACAGCCAUGGAAGGAAGUCUGAGAGUGCCUUUCAUUAUUCGCUGGCCAGGCCAUGUUCCGAGUGGCGUAACAUCCAACGAGAUAGUCCACGUUACCGACAUAUUCGCCACCAUUCUCGAAAUCGCCAGUGCUGAGGUGCCAUCCGAUCGUCCAAUUGACGGUGUCAGCCAAGUCGCUUUCUUCCAAAAUCCAACUUCAGUGAAAUCCCAACGCGAAGGGUUCCUGUUUUACAUCAAGGACGAACUGCGUGCUGUUAAGUGGAAAGACUGGAAACUCCAUUUGGUGUGGGAACCUAAAGUGAAUCAGUCGUCUGGGAAGCUUGAGUCGCCGUAUCUGUUCAACGUUGUGAGAGAUCCAAAGGAGGAGACAGAUAUCCUGGCUUACAACACUUGGGUCAUGCAACCGGUCAUGAGGUUAAAAGCGGCAUUUGAUAAGAGUCUGAAGAGUGAUCCUGCACCACCUGAUCCUUUGAAGGGUUUGUAG